AUGCCUAUUAUUUCAUUUGCCACUGGAUAUAUGUACUUGAUAUUCGGGUCAUUUAAAGUUUUCAAAAAUAUUGGAAUUUCGACGAUGGAGUCGUAUACUUUCAGUUUAAUUCUCACAAUUUUUAUGUUUUUACAUAUUGAACGAAUCGCGAGAUCAACGUUUGGAAAUGUAAUUUGUCCAAGAAGUUUUGCUCUGCAAAUGGUUCUAACACAUUUCUCAAUGAUAAUUGUCAUUAUUGUAAUUGUUGGAAUUGUAUGGAUCGCCCCUAGCACUGUACGUGAUAUUUCAAUCCUUUUCCUAGAUUUUACUAUUUCAGAUCACCCAAAUCGUAUCGUUUCUACUUUUUGCAUUUUUCGGGUAUCUUUUAAACAUUGGUCCAGGAACAUUCCCAACUUUCUCGGUGGCGGACCCAUUUUACUGGAAUCAGAAUAG